UAGUUCGGAUAAUUCCAUAGUCGGUACAGGCCGAGGCCCCACUUCCAGCCCGUGCCUGGUGGGUGUUCGCUUGACGACUUGAUUGCGACAAUGUUGUUAAACCUCUCGUUGGGGUUUCGACGCUGAGAGUGACUAUUUCUUACCGGUCGGACCAUUCUUGACGACUGUGGGGUUUGCAUCGUCAACACGUCUCCUAAGCGGCACCUGGAAGCUGCAUUCCGACCCUAUCAUGCCGUCCGCAACCAUGCCGCCCGACGUGGAUAUCAGAGUCACGAUGACGGAACGUGUGUUUCCUCAAAAGCUAACGCAGCAUGAACACGCAAUUCCACUGUCGCUACUGGACGCGACUACCGCCAACUUUGCUCUUACAAACGCUAUAUGGCUCUUCGAGCCACUCGAUGAGAAGGAUGUAGUGAAUGUCGCCGAGCACCUCCGCCAAACACUCAGCACUGCGCUUACUUCGUAUCCUCAAUGGGCCGGCCAGCUGAAGUCUAUCGCUGUUGUCGACGAUGCGUCGGUUCCCGCUGAAGCGCAAGAGUUCCCAGCCCACGCCCGUCGCUUCGGCCGCGUCUAUGCGCAUUUCGGGGCUUCCGCAGACGUCGGUGUGGAGUUCAUCUCAGCAACAUGCUCUGCCACCACGGACUCCCUCUACCGAACAGAGCGCGUCAAGACUCAGCCACUUUGGGAUCGCAAAGACGACAACCUCGGUGGGUUUGUGCCUGCUGUCGACAUUGCGCAUGCUCUACAACCUAACGAGCCCAAUGUCGUGACGGGAUUGCGCAAGCCGAUCAUGGCUAUCCAAUGCACCACGUUGUCAGAUGGUGGUUUUGUCCUCGCUGCCAAAACGGCGCAUCCUUUCGCGGACAUUACAGGCCUUAUCCGCUUCGUCAAGGACUGGGCGAAUGUGAGCAGUGCCGUCAUCAAGGGCCUCACAGCCCCAGCCCUGACUCCCGUCUUUGAGCCGGCGCGUCUGGACAAUCUUGCUGCAGGUGACAUCAACGCCGAGGAGUCGGACCCGGCCAUAAUUAGACGAACCGAACGUUUACCCUUGCACAGGUAUGAUUGGUGGGCUGCGCCAGGAAAGCCUCCCGCGCCAUUCCUCGAUGCGGCCAAUCUGGUUUCACCAGCAGGCAAGCCUAUGCCAUGGACUGAAUGGGAUCUUAAGGUGCCUGUUUCUGACUAUACCAUUCAUCUCAACACAGCGCAGGUCGAUUUCCUUUUGAACGAAGCUACGAAGGGUACUGACAGUGAUGGCCCGAGAAUCAGCAAGCAUGAUGCCGUGUUGGCACACAUUUGGUCCUGCAUUGUGCGUGCACGUCAACUAGGGAAGGAUGACAGCCCUGUCUAUUGCGAUCUUGUACUUGGCGUUCGAUCCGCUUUCAAACUGGGUGAAGACUUUUUGGGUUCUCCGAUUAUCAUGAUGAAAGUUGAGCUGCCGGGCUCUGAGGUUGGCUCCGAACAAUCAAGUAACGCUACCGCAGCGAUGGUUCCCAUCGCCCGAAAGAUUCGGCAUACGAUUUCCACUGUCAGCGACCCAGCAAAUCUCGCAGAUCAUCUUCAUAGCGCUGCGUAUGAGAAGUCUCCUCAGCGUAUAUGGCAGGCGUUCCUUGGCCGGCGUCAUAUCCUUGUGACGACCUGGGCGCGCGCUGGCAUCUACGAUGUUGACUUCGGUCUUGGAUCACGCAUUCGAUACGCGGACGGUAUCGUGCCAAACUUGGAUGGCGACAUUCUCAUUAAAGAAGCACCCCCGUCUUCUGGAGAGUUCUUGUCUGGAUCUCGGCCGUCUUGGACCGACAGCGGGGUGGAUAUCUCUGUCCAUAUUUGCACUGAGGAUAUGGAGCGAUUGCUCAAGGAUCCUUUGUUACUACCACGCUUUGAUUAGACAACUCAAGAUCGCUUCAGCCCAUCAAUUGUUCACUAUGAACCUGCUCGCAGGGCUCUUUGGGUCGUGAUUGUAGUCGUGAAAGUGUCAUGUCUCAUUGGCUGAAUACAAAUUGCCUAUAAGUGGCUGCAGCCGCUCAUUGUAAUCGGACCCUGGCAGGACGGUGCACUACCCCGUCACAUCCUAAACAUUUCAAACCCAACAGAUCAAUUCUAAAAUUCAAAGAACGCCGCUUGAUGUAAUCUGAAAUGUACACAUCUCAAUUUUCUUAGAAGCCAACUCAGGUUUAAUUCUUUUGAAUUUGUCGGUAUGACUGUAGUUAUAUCAUGACGUAUAUUCAGUAAUUACAUUGAUCGUAACAGUAAUAUUCAGAAGAGC